AUGGAGAGUGUACACGGCGUCGAUGUGAGCUGGAUGAGCAAGCACAGUCCAAAAGAUACCCGUCCACACGUAGCCCGCAGCAGCACCUCCCCGCCCGAAAAGGCAAAGAUCAUACACAAUGGGAAUGGAACAAGCAACGGCCACACUCCUUCUGCAGAACAACCGACCGCUCCGAAAGCCAUACCCAGCAGGCCAAAGUUCUCGCGGACUGCCUCGACGGAAAAGACGACCACUUUGAAUGGCAGCCUCCCGAAAUCCGUGUCGCCCUCCCCGAGUUCGCGGCGGAAUUCAUGGCUCUCGAGUAUAUCGUCUAAAUUCUCCUCGUCGCCCAGCCCACAUCCUCAUGUCGUGCAGUCUACAGCCUCACCGCAAGCCAGUAAUGGAACGGAUGAGCCGCCUGUACCUACUGGGCCCAGCGCGCCGAAGAAUGCGAUCCUGCCUCAUGCGGUCAAGCCUGCUGGUGAUGUGCCGUAUACUCCCGCGCCGCCGAAGUCUACACAGCCGAACUUUCUACAGAGUGCUUUGAGGAGGUUAUCGAGUUCUGGAGGACAAUUGCCACCGCCUGGGAAAGGACUUAAUCAUGGGAUAUGCGAGCGGAAGGUGUUGAAUGUGGAUAAGAAUCGGGAGAGGUGUCAUAUUGCGGAAUUGGAUCAGUCGAAACUUCGCAGAGUGGCAUUCUGCGUGGAUGUUGAGAUUGCGUCCGGGCCGAGGUAUCUGGAUGAGAAAGUGCCAGAUGAAAAGCCGAAAGAGGAAAAGAAGGAGAAGAAACGGAUAGUUGAGAAGGGCGAGGCUGAGGCGCUGAAGAAUCCGAAUAUGGUGAAAGAGGAAAAGGAGACGGAUGGCGUGGUCACUGCCGAAGGUGAAGAUACCGGAGAAGUUCUUCCCGCGAAUGGGAAAGAUGGGUUGGAAACGACAACCACGGAAGUGGAAGCCCCAUCAGGAGAGAAUACUAAGAAGAAGGAGAAGAAGAAGAGGAGUGAAGAAGAGCGGAAAGCGAGGAAAGAGAAGAAGCGGAAACUGGCUGAGGCGAACGGAACUGUGCCGGUUGAAGUGGUCAGGAAUGCCAGUGAUAGUUCUGGCCCUGGAUCCCCAACAAGUACAGGGACGCCUAGGACGCAGGCUUCACCUACGACAGACCCCGUACGGAUAUACCGAAGGUGUUGUCAGUUACGGGAAACGCCUAUAUUGAAGAGGAUAACGGAACAACUGGCGAAUCCAACUGGACGACAGGUGUCACCUGGUGUGGUCUCAAAGCUGGAUUUGACAGGCUAUUGGCUUCAGCUUCCUGAUCUCAUAACUUUGGGAGAUUAUCUUGCAGUUGUCCCCGUCAAAGAGGUCAUAAUGGAAAACUGCGGACUUACAGAUGAAGGGGUUCGAGUUGUCCUGGCCGGUUUGCUGGCAGCGAAAUAUCCGGACUGGGAAAGGAAAAAGCAGAAAAAGGGCAAAUGGGGAGAAGUUCCCCAAGGAGGCUUCGUGGAGAGGAUAGUGUUCAAAAACAACUCAAAGAUAGGGAGAGAUGGUUGGCGAUACAUAUCAACGUUCAUCACCAUGUGUCGGUCUCUGAAAUCGAUGGACUUGUCGAAAGUUCCCUUUCCUCAACCGACCCCGGCACCUGCAACACCUCCAGCUCAUGCAACUCAAUUCCAACUCACGAAAACAACAAGUUCUACGACAUCCAAUCCCGACAUCUCUUCCAUCCUCGGAAAGGCUAUUGGUGAAAGAUUAGCUGGAAGAGAAUUUGAGCUUAUCAACCUUGCUGAGUGUGGGAUGAGUAUGGUGCAACUCGGUGACAUCAUUGAUGGAGUCAUCAAGUCUGGUUUACGACGUCUCGGCAUCGCCGGAAAUCACAUCUCGCCAGAAGGUAUCCAGCACGUUGCUCGCUAUGUCCGAGAAGGGAAAUGUGAAGGUUUGGAUCUUGGUGGAAACGACCUGAAGGAUCAACUUGGAGUAAUAGCCAGUGCUUUGAACGAUAAUAACGCGCUUUACGCCUUGAGCUUAGCCGACUGCAAUCUUACCCCGGAUUCGCUUUGGAGCCUGUUCCCGGCACUGGCGAAGCUGAAUAAUUUCCGUUUUAUUGACCUUUCUCAGAACCAUGGUCUGUUUGAGUCGGAGCCUAGUGCACUUUCGUUACUCCGAAGAUAUCUACCUAGAAUCCCAACACUCAAGCGGAUACAUCUUACAGAUGUGUCAAUGACCCCCGAACAGGCCAUCGCUCUUGCAGAGAUCCUACCGGAAAGCCCGAACCUGGCUCAUGUGAACAUUAUGGAAAAUCCUGGUUUGGCGGCAUUAGCCAAUGCGAAGGAGGAAGCCAACCAAGAAGAGGCAUGCGCUCUGUAUGCCUCGCUAAUGGCCGCUGUCCGUGUCUCACAGACAAUCAUCUGCAUUGAUAUUGAGGUACCAUCAGCGGAUUCGAGUGAAGUCGUCAAGGCAUUGGCUAAACAGGUUGUUGCUUAUUGCUUGUGGAAUAUGGAGAAGGGCACAGUAGCUGAAAUUGGCGAAGCAGCUGCAGCACUAUCGGAACCUCAUGGCGGUGAGAAGGAAGUUGCAGUUCCAGACGUGUUAUUACAUCUCGUUGGUCAUGUCGAAGGAAUGCAUAACCAUGACGAUGACGAACCGGCGCCAGAUGAUGACUAUGUCAUUGGUGGCACAGGAGUGGUAAAGGCACUGGGUAUUUGUUUACGAAAUAGAGGCAACGACUCUAGACGAGCAUCUGCAGAUCCCUUCUGCGAUUUGACAGAAGGCGGUAGUGGUUCGGUGACUCCGAGAACCCCUGUCAAAGGUGGCAAGGCCAAGGAUAUGUCGAAGAACUUACUUGGAAGUGCACGCAAGAUACGAGCACGGUUACAACCUGCCUUGGUGAAAGAGUCGCGGUCGGUGGAUCAGAACGCGUAUCGACGUCUACAAUUCCUAGACCAAACUCUAGAAGGAAUGAUCAAACGAUUCGAAGACGAAUACCCCGAAACCCGCCUCCCAUCCACCAUCACCUCACCGCCCCUCCCCAACAACGACCAGCUCCCACCCGACCAAGCCAGCCCCAACGACCUCGAAUUAUCUCUCUCCCGCAACGACACCAACACCUCCGACCCCACCCCCUUCGACGAGCAAGCCCCAGGCUCAGAAGACGACGACGCCGCCCCCGGCGGCGAAAUCCGCCCCAUGCUCUCCCGGCACAACUCUGACGUGUCUCUCGCUUCGCGCGCCCUCUCCCAGGAAGAAGGCCGCAUGCACCGCUUCGGGCAGCAGUUCCGGCGCGAGAUCCUCAAGCCCGAACAAGAGGACCAGCUGCACGGCACUACUGGCCUCGAAGACCAGCCUAGACAUCUGCAGCUUUUACGAGCCAUGGUGGAGGGUCUAGGCGGCGAGGAGAUGAGGGAUCAGAUUAAUAACCAGGGGGCGGAUGCGGUGCUCGAGCAGCUGAGCGAUGAGGCGAGUGUGCUUAGGCAGAGGCUUAUGGAGCAGGAUCCCGAAGCGUGGGAGAAUUUUAGGGAGAGUCAGGAGGCUGCGGCGAGGAAUCAGAGGUUGGCGGGGUUGGAGAGGAAUGUUAGUGCGAUUGAGUAG